GGCUCGUGAUUGGCUGACGGCAAAUGAGCUAGAGCUGACUGAGAAGAUCUCUGAUCGAGAAGCAGAGCCGCAUCAGCAGCAGAGACAGACACAGCACAUCCUUUCAGCAUCACAGACGGUACAAUGAGGGAAAUUGUACAUAUCCAAGCCGGACAGUGCGGCAACCAGAUUGGUGCCAAGUUUUGGGAGGUGAUCAGUGACGAACAUGGAAUUGAUCCCACUGGCAGUUAUCAAGGUGACAGUGAACUGCAGCUGGAGAGGAUAAGUGUUUAUUACAAUGAGGCAUCUGGAAACAAAUAUGUCCCUCGUGCCAUCCUGGUGGACCUGGAGCCUGGCACUAUGGACUCGGUCCGCUCUGGCCCAUUUGGACAGAUCUUCAGGCCAGAUAAUUUUGUGUUUGGUCAAAGCGGAGCUGGGAACAAUUGGGCCAAAGGCCACUACACAGAGGGAGCAGAGCUGGUGGACUCAGUGCUGGAUGUGGUAAGGAAGGAGUCUGAGAACUGCGACUGCCUGCAGGGCUUCCAGCUCACACACUCCCUGGGCGGAGGCACCGGGUCUGGUAUGGGCACUCUCCUCAUCAGCAAGAUCCGUGAGGAGUAUCCUGACCGGAUCAUGAACACUUUCAGUGUCAUGCCUUCACCCAAAGUGUCAGACACAGUGGUGGAGCCCUACAAUGCUACACUCUCUGUGCAUCAACUGGUGGAGAACACCGACGAGACCUUCUGCAUUGACAACGAAGCACUCUACGACAUCUGCUUUCGCACACUCAAACUUACCACUCCUACUUACGGCGACCUGAACCACCUUGUUUCGGCAACCAUGAGCGGGGUCACCACCUGCCUGCGAUUCCCGGGCCAACUUAACGCCGACCUGCGCAAGCUGGCAGUCAACAUGGUGCCAUUCCCUCGCCUCCACUUCUUCAUGCCUGGCUUUGCACCUCUGACAAGUCGUGGUAGCCAGCAGUACCGUGCCCUUUCAGUGCCAGAGCUAACGCAGCAGAUGUUUGAUGCCAAGAACAUGAUGGCAGCCUGCGACCCACGCCACGGCCGCUACCUCACCGUGGCAGCCAUCUUCCGUGGCCGCAUGUCCAUGAAGGAGGUGGAUGAGCAGAUGCUGAGUGUUCAGAACAAGAACAGUAGCUAUUUUGUGGAAUGGAUCCCAAACAACGUCAAGACCGCAGUCUGCGACAUCCCACCACGUGGGCUCAAAAUGUCCGCCACAUUCAUCGGCAACAGCACAGCCAUUCAAGAGCUGUUCCGCAGGAUUUCAGAGCAGUUCACCGCCAUGUUCAGACGCAAGGCUUUCCUGCAUUGGUACACUGGUGAGGGAAUGGAUGAGAUGGAGUUCACAGAGGCAGAGAGCAAUAUGAAUGACCUGGUCUCUGAGUACCAGCAGUACCAAGACGCCACUGCUGAUGAAGUGGGCGAGUAUGAGGAGGACGAUCUUGAAGAUGAGGAGGACGUUCGCCAUUGAGACAGCUCCCCACAAAGCCAAGUGAAUGAUGUCCAGCACCCAUCUCUGGACGUAAUGGGUGGGACUUGAUCUAGUCCAGCUUCACCUCUAUAGAGGUUAACCUAAUUAAGUUUAGGGAGUGGCUGGACCUUCCAAGCUCCACACAUUGUGUCCCAAGAGGGGGAUCUGGAUGUCAAGCACCACCCAUUAGCUUUGCAGUGAGCAGCCUCUCCAAAGCUGACCGCUAUGUAGUUUACCAUGUAGUUUUCCAAACCAUUGCAUUUAGUUUAUCUGACAAUUUCCAUAGCAAUGCGAACAGUGCCGCUACAUUAUAAUUCGAAAGGUGCUAUUGUGUUUAAUUGAUGUUCAGAAAAGAUACGAGUGAACAGCGAUUAGUCCAUCUUGGGUACACUUAUGAUAUGUUUUGUAACAUAUGCUUCAAACUGCAGUUGCCAUGUAAAAAAAUUAAAGUGGUCACUAAUAUACAUUA